AAUCUUCUUUCGACAUCAAAGAUUUCAUUUAUGGAGAACAAUCCAAUCAAAGGUAUUGCACCACAACGACAUUCUGAUCUGAUCCUCGGUGCCAUAAUAGAUGUUGAAACAAUCGGAGACGGAGGCCCUGUUUCGAUUCGGGUGCCACGCCGUGCUGACUGAUGAUCGCUAUGCGUUAGCUGAUGAGGUGUUGGGAUUCUGUAAUGGAGGGUUACUUUCAGGGUCCCAAUCCAUCAGAAAUUUUCUCUUGUCUCUCCAAAUUCGACUAGCCGAACCCUGAUGGUUGGUCGCCUCGUGGUUCACAGCCGAGAGGGUGUCCCCUUUUUGGCCUGACACAUGGAAACCGUUUUUAGACGACUUGUCUCAUGAGCCUCAUGUUGAAGUGUUGCUAAAUCAUAAGCGGGCAUAACACUGAAUGCUUCAAAGAAUGACCCCUGCUGUCCCUCGACAGGCCUCAGUAUUAGCAACCUCUCAGAGGCGAGAGAAUCUUCAUUACCAAGGAUCUCCACCGACUCCACCCGGUCCAUAAGAGCGUCAUCCCCGCCAGGUUUGAUAAAAGAAAUGGGGCUGAGAUAUCAAAUUGGCCAAUUGUGGAUGUUCAAUUUCAAGACAUCGCGCCGGUCCAUGAAGCCGGGUACAGCUCCGAGGCGAGAGUACCUGGGGAAGUUGAGGGUGAUGUUAGGAAUCAAUUUGUGGUACAUCGAUGGCAGUGAUAUCCGAAGGAAGAGUUCUCCAAACCAGUACCUCAGUGAAUAGCAGCAAUUCCAUCAUGGCCUCCCCGAUCUCGGAACACGUACAUGUCAAAGAUCGAAACACUCCGGCACGGAAAUGGAAAGGGCUUGGGCUUGAGACAAAAGCUGCUUGCCUCGUUCGGCAACCCUCCAUGAAUCGUGUCCCUGGCAGAGGUUAUCAGUUAGGGUCGGGACUGCCUGACUUCCUGGCACUGACACGGCAGGUCCCCGUUUCGCCCUCGGCUUCCCGCCACUUCAUCCGACGCAUCCCUUCUUAAUAGAUGCCACAGACCUUCUCGUCUUAACUCUUUCUUCUUCCUCUUUCAUCCUCUCUUUACAAUUCCUUGGAGUCACUUUUCCAAAGCGUCUUACCACUUUGUAAUCUUACACACCCAAGAUGGCCUCCGCUACCCGACAGUUCGCCCGCGCGGCCACUCGCGCCACUCGCAACGGCUUCGCCAUUGCUCCUAGACAGGUCAUCCGCCAGCAGGGUCGCCGAUACUAUUCUUCUGAGCCCGCGCAGAAGUCAUCUUCCGCCUGGGUGUGGUUGACCGGUGCCGCUGUCGCUGGUGGUGCUGGUUACUACUUCUACGCCAACGGCGCUUCUUCCGCUACCCCCAAGGUUUUCAACCCUACCAAGGACGACUAUCAGAAGGUUUACAACGAGAUUGCUGCUCGCCUGGAGGAGAAGGAUGACUAUGAUGACGGCAGCUACGGCCCCGUUCUCGUACGUCUCGCUUGGCACGCCAGCGGUACCUACGACAAGGAGACUGGCACUGGUGGCAGCAACGGUGCCACCAUGCGAUUCGCCCCUGAGGCUGACCACGGCGCCAAUGCUGGUCUGGCUGCUGCCCGCACCUUCCUCGAACCCGUGAAGGAGAAGUUCCCUUGGAUCACCUACUCUGACCUCUGGAUCCUUGCUGGUGUUUGCGCUAUCCAGGAGAUGCUGGGCCCUGCCAUUCCUUACCGACCUGGUCGCUCUGAUCGUGAUGUCUCUGGUUGCACACCCGACGGACGUCUUCCCGACGCCUCAAAGCGCUCUGGACAUCUCCGAGACAUUUUCUACCGUAUGGGCUUCAACGACCAGGAGAUUGUCGCCCUCUCCGGCGCCCACGCUCUUGGCCGCUGCCACACUGACCGAUCCGGCUACGAAGGUCCCUGGACUUUCUCCCCUACCGUCCUGACCAACGACUACUUCCGCCUACUUGUCGAAGAGAAGUGGCAGUGGAAGAAGUGGAACGGCCCUGCCCAGUACGAAGACAAGUCUACCAAGUCUCUGAUGAUGCUUCCUAGCGACAUUGCCCUGAUCGAGGACAAGAAGUUCAAGCCUUGGGUCGAGAAGUACGCCAAGGAUAACGAUGCCUUCUUCAAGGACUUUUCCGACGUCGUUCUCCGACUAUUCGAGCUCGGUGUUCCUUUCGCCCAGGGCACUGAGAACCAGCGCUGGACCUUUAAGCCCACAAACCAGGAAUAAGUGGUCGAAAUACGACAGAGAGCGGCUUGAGAUGCCUUUGAAGGAACUAUGCGACGACUGAAAUUGGUCAUCAUAUCAUCGAUGAACUUGAAGAAGAGCGAUAUCCGGAGUUUUGGUUGUGAUUAUUUGGGUGCUGGUUAAGAUCGCCAGCCUAGGUAUAGACCAUGUCAUGAGUUUUGACAACAUGAGCGUGUCAAUAGACUAAGGUGUCUACCGUCUUAUACGGCAGAGACCAAAAGAAGAAGAAAAUUUAUAGUUUUUUAAAUUUUGUGU